UCUCUGAUACAAAUAGAAGGGCUGUGAGUUUUGUUCUUAUGUUGAAAAAUAGAGAGGCAGUGGAACUAGAAGUCUAGAACUGAGGCGUGAGAGGGAGGGAGGGAGGGAGGGGUUUUUUUUGUAUAGUUCUCGUGUCUUGUAAGGACAUGAUGAAAGAUUCAUUUCCAGGUUCAAAACUUUGGAAUAAGCCAUGUUGUGUUGUGAACACAACAAGACAAUACCAAUUUAUACAAACACAAUCCUUCCUAUCAAAACAAACAACAACAACAGCACAAAAACAUUCCACAAAUAUGGCUUCUUUUGUUUCCCACAACACUUUCUCAAUGAUUCCUGUUUUUGUUGCUUUCCUUGUUGUUGCUUCCUCUCUUGGCCCUGUCCUCUCUUUACCAUUGCUAUCAGAUUCCGGUAACCGGAAAAUGGCAAACCAUACUUCUAACCCUUCUAUGGAGAUUCAGAAGCUAAGGACAAUAAAUUCUUAUCUCAAGAAGAUAAACAAGCCUGCUGUCAAGACAAUUCAGAGUCCAGAUAAUGAUGUCAUAGAUUGUGUUCUAUCUCAUCUUCAACCUGCUUUUGAUCACCCUGAGCUUAGAGGGCAGAAACCAUUGGAUCCACCGGCGAGGCCAAAAGGUCAUAACUCUACAGAAGCAGUCUCUGAAAGCUUCCAGCUAUGGACAGACUCAGGUGAAUCAUGCCCUGAAGGGACUGUUCCAAUCAGAAGAACUACGGAGAAAGACAUUUUGAGAUCAAGUUCCGUUAGAAGAUAUGGAAGAAGACAUGUACGGAGAGACUCGACAGGCAGCGGCCAUGAGCAUGCUGUUGUGUUUGUGAAUGGAGAUCAAUAUUAUGGAGCAAAGGCAAGCUUAAACGUGUGGGCGCCUCGUGUGACAAACGAAUACGAGUUUAGCUUGUCACAGAUAUGGGUCAUCUCUGGUUCUUUUGGCAAUGAUCUGAACACCAUUGAAGCUGGUUGGCAGGUUAGCCCUGAACUAUAUGGAGAUAAUUACCCAAGGUUCUUUACAUACUGGACAACUGAUGCAUACCGAGCCACUGGAUGCUACAACUUGCUUUGCUCUGGCUUUGUCCAAACCAACAACAAGAUUGCUAUUGGAGCAGCAAUCUCUCCAAGGUCCUCCUAUAAUGGCAGACAGUUUGAUAUCGGCUUAAUGGUUUGGAAGGAUCCAAAACAUGGACAUUGGUGGUUGGAAUUUGGAUCAGGAUUACUGGUUGGAUACUGGCCUGAUUUUCUGUUCAGUCACUUGAGAAGCCAUGCCAACAUGAUACAAUUUGGAGGAGAAAUAGUGAAUACUAGAUCUUCAGGAUUCCACACAUCAACACAAAUGGGCAGUGGCCAUUUUGCUGAAGAAGGCUUUGGAAAAGCAGCUUAUUUCCGGAAUUUGCAGACUGUUGAUUGGGAUAAUAAUUUGCUGCCUUUAACAAACCUUCGCCUCUUGGCUGAUCAUUCAAAUUGUUAUGACAUCAGACAGGGAAGGAACAAUGUUUGGGGAACUUACUUUUACUAUGGAGGCCCUGGAAGGAAUGUAAGAUGUCCUUGAGUAAAACAAAAGCAGAUCACUUAUAAUCAUUGCCUUACAAGUAAUCAAUCACAAUUUAAAAUUAUAUAAAGUUCAUCAAAAUUUUAUAUAUAAA